AUGGAGCCGCCGGGCGCCCUGGGGCCGGCCUGGGCCUCGCUGGCGCGCCGCCUCUCCGGCCCGGAGCCUCGGCGGCCCGCGGCGGGCGCGGCCGCCCUCGAGGACCUCGGCGCCCUCGUGGACGCCGCGGAGUGGGGCCGCCUGUGGGCGGGGAGCGGCGCGUCGGUCCGCGGCACGCUCGAGAUGCUGGCGCCGGUGGCCCAGGCCCUGGAGAAGCACGCGGCCCCACCCGAGGAGGAGGCGGCGGCGGCGGCGGCCGGGGGCGCGGGCCGCGGGCCCCCCGAGGUGGCCGAGAAGGCGGAGCAGGUGGGAUCGCUGUACCUGAAGCUGCUGGGCAAAGUGGCGGCUGCCAAGAGCUGCGCCGACCGCGCCGCCUGGAAGACGGACGUCAGUCACCUAGCGGGACCCGUCUACAUCUUCGCCGUCUCGCACCGCGUGAAGCAACCCUGGACCAGCCCGAGAUCGCGGGACGUGGCGGGGAGAGUGCUCGCCUCCCUCCUGGACGUUACCGAAUGCAGCUCGGUGGCAGGAUUCCUGCGUGGAGAAAAUGAGGAAGAGAGAGGGAGAUUCCCUGUGGUCCUUGGACUUCUCAAGCCUGAUUUGAAUAAGGAAUCCUGGAAGAAGAACCCUGCAGUCAAACAUGUUUUUUCAUGGACUUUGCAACAGAUCACCCGGCCCUGGCUGAGCCAACAUCUGGAAAGGGUACUUCCUCCGUCUUUGCUCAUUUCAGAUGAUUACCAAACUGAGAACAAGGUCCUGGGCGUGCAGUGCCUUCAUCACAUUGUGCUCAACGUGCCAGCUGCUGAUUUGCUCCAGUACAACAGGGCCCAGGUCCUCUACCACGCCAUUUUCAAUCACUUGUACAUACCAGAGCACCACCUUGUGCAGGCUGUGCUCCUGUGUUUGUUGGACUUGUUUCCCAUUCUGGAGAAAUCCCUGCACUGGAAGGGAGGUGCAGCUCGUCCCACCACGCACUGCGACGAGGUCCUGCAGCUGAUCCUCACUCACAUGGAGCCCGAGCACCGCCUUCCCUUACGCAGAACCUAUGCCAGACACCUACCAGCUUUUGUCGGGAGAUUGGGGAUCCUAACUGUCCGGCACAUGAAGAGGCUGGAACGAGUCAUCAUUGCUUAUCUGGAAGUUUAUGAUGGACCACAAGAGGAGGCUAGGUUGAAGAUACUGGAAACGCUGAAACUUCUCAUACAGUAUACUUGGCCUAGAAUUUCCUGCAGACUUGUGGUCCUAUUGAAGGCUCUUUUGAAACUGGUAUGUGAUGUAGCAAGGGAUACAAACCUUACACCCGAGCCUGUUAAGGAUGCCUUACUCCAAGAGGCCACAGACUGCCUCAUCCUCCUGGACCGCUGCUCCCAAGGGCAGGUAAAGGGUCUUCUAGCCAGAGUUGUCUUAAACUGCAAAGACAGCACAGUGGUGAGCUGGAUUAGAAAAGUGCAGCAGAACUCUGUGGACACUUCCAUCCUUGGAACUUAAGAUUACUUCCCAAGAAGAACUGUAUGAAUGGAGCUAUAACAAAAGAGUCACUUUCUGCCUCCUGUUGUUCCAGAGCCUUGUCGAAGGCAUGGAUGGGGAAGUUGUAGAUGUCGCCAUACUGGAGAACAAAAGGACUGCCUUUAACAACUACAUUUGGGUAUUACACUUGAAGUUCUACUGUCCUAC